GGGGUGAACACACACCCCAUCGCGCGGCGGUAAUUUCACUAUCCGCCCUCAUCUCUUACUUCAAAUUUAUUAUCCUCACUUCGAAACAGAAAAAUAUAAAUUUAAUUAUUUCGGUACAUGAUAAUUUAAACAAAUAUUUAAAACUAUAUUCUAUAUAUUUCAAAAAUGACGGAAAUACGUGUUAAAAUCCACGUGGUUUGUCGGGAAAAGAGCGAGAUAGACGAACACUAAUCAACAAGUAUUACGGUGUACAUCUCUCAUUCAUUCACUCAUUCAUGUACGAAUGUGGCAAAAUUUAUAAAUUAUAAGACUUCGACGUUUCGAAGCUGAAGAAUAAUUAUAUUUAGGGGAAAGUCGUCAAUUAAUUUCUGAAGAUCCCAUGUGACUGCAACGAAGAUUCAUCUAGACGAAGUUUAGAAACUGCAGAGGAGGGUAGGGCUGAGGAGGCAGAAACUGGAGGAAUAGAAAACCCAAACCUACAUGAAUAGAAAAUAUGGCAGGUCGGUAUGCGGAGAGUCAUCUGCAGGUGGCGCUUCUAGUCUUGACGCUUUUGACACGUGAGACAGGUCGCAUGACGGCAGGCUUCCGGGUCGAGAGCGUCACUUCCGGCAAAGAACGACUGGAGGUGGCGCGACAGAUUCUCACCGAAGUGCCACUUAUUGACGGACACAACGAUCUUCCGUGGAAUAUUCGAAAAUUUGUCCACAAUCAACUUCGAGAAUUUAACUUCAACGCAGAUCUGCGAUCUGUGGUCCCCUGGUCGAAGAGCGCCUGGUCACACACAGACCUUCUCAGGCUGAGAAGAGGAAUGGUCGGCGGGCAGUUCUGGGCAGCGUACGUUCCCUGCGAGUCGCAACAUCUGAACGCCGUUCAACUGACACUCGAACAAAUCGAUCUCAUAAAACGACUCAUUGAUAAGUACGCACAACAUCUGCAGUUCGCAUCCUCUGCGAAAGAAAUAAUAAAAGCACAUGAGCACAAUAGAAUAGCCUCUCUGAUCGGCGUGGAAGGAGGCCACAGUAUCGGCAACAGUCUGGCUGUACUCAGGAUACUCUAUGACCUUGGUGUCCGUUACAUGACGCUCACCCAUACAUGCAAUACUCCUUGGGCCGACUCUUCGUCCGUUGAACAUCGAGGGAAAUACCCAGAGCACGGAGGUCUAACGGAAUUUGGCAAGGCUGUGGUCCGCGAGAUGAACCGUCUGGGCAUGAUGGUGGACUUGUCCCACGCGUCGGUGCGCACCAUGAAAGACGCUCUGGCCGUCAGUAAGGCCCCCGUCAUGUUCUCGCACUCUUCCGCCUUCGCGCUGUGCAACUCCUCCAGGAACGUUCCAGAUGACGUCCUCAAAUCACUAGCUGUGGUCCGCGAGAUGAACCGUCUGGGCAUGAUGGUGGACUUGUCCCACGCGUCGGUGCGCACCAUGAAAGACGCUCUGGCCGUCAGUAAGGCCCCCGUCAUGUUCUCGCACUCUUCCGCCUUCGCGCUGUGCAACUCCUCCAGGAACGUUCCAGAUGACGUCCUCAAAUCACUACAACCUCCAUCCUCCACCCUUUCAGCACAGUUAAAGAUAGUCAGUCGCACGUUGGAGCGAGCCAUCCCACAAAUCUACAAGGGGAAAGGUCGAGGAAGAUGCAGCAAAAUUAAGGAGCAUAUCAGCUACAUUCGAGAUCUGAUUGGCGUGGACCAUAUUGGUGUCGGUGGGGAUUUUGACGGUAUAAACAGGACACCGAGGGGCUUAGAGGACGUCUCCAUGUAUCCUGAACUCUUUGCUGAACUUCUAAGAAGCGGGCAGUGGACAGUCGGUGACCUGAAAAAAGUGGCAGGACUCAACCUUCUGAGGGUAUUUGCCAAAGUAGAAAAGGUCCGUGACGAUAUGCGAACAGCAGGAGUGAUGCCUUCAGAGGACCUAAUCUCGAAACCCGACUCGGGAGAGAGAUCCCCUUGCUCGUUCGACAUCAGUCAAGCUGAAAGGGAGCCGGAGUUGUGAUGCUGAGCUACGCGUCACUACCACCAAGGAGAGGCUGCUAUUAGUGUACACACCCUGGACAACUGCUCAAAUGAACCCGGGUCUCCUACAAACGUCCUCGUGGCAAACGAAAAGACGCCAGCUGAACAGCACUGGGUGCAGGAACUUAACACUUGUGGCAACCACGGCACACUCUACGGAAAGAGGAAAUUAUGAAAGUUCAAGGAAAGGUGGAUGAAGUCAGGCGAUUUGAGGGUCUUUUAUGUUUCGUAUAUUUUACCUUCGACGCAGACUUGAUUAACGAAUUAAACGGUAAGGUAAAUGUGCACAGUGGACUUCAAAAAUAUGAAGGCAGUGACCGUCGCCUGUUUCUCAGUACUUUACCUGAAUUUUCCCGGAAGGACAAAAGAAAAUUACAAAGGUCUCAGCCAGGACACUUUGUGUCUAAUAUGCGACUUGUAAUGGUUACCUCUAAUAUGAACGCGUCACACAUACUCGGUUCCAUAUUUCUAAUACGUAUUAAAUUUAUUUGAGACUUAUAAUUGUUAUCACGUCAUAAUAGAGCGGAAUACAUCGACUGACAUAACACAAUACUUAAGCGGACGCUAAAUGUUACGUUAUGAACUAUUAUUUUUGAGACUGGAAACAUAACCAUUAACUUGGUUGUGUCAAUGCAGCGUCAAAUUUUGCCGUUCAGUGAUCACCUAGAAGCACGGUGUAAAAAUGUAUUUUAUUAUUGGGGUGAUCUCCAGUGUGUAGUGGGGCCUCUAUCUCUUCUGUGUAAUCUCCCAUUGAGAUUUUCCGAUCAAAUGCAUUCCUUAUUUCCCCACGCGUACAACAUUUUUCGACCACGUCCUGUUUCUUUAUUAUAUGUCUGAAAUUCCUUCGUGAAUGGUAUGAGUUUGGAGAACAAUUUAUUAUAGGCCUACCACAAAGUCAGAUUUUGAUUAUUUUAGCUGUUAAUGUUAUGGCAUAAAGAUUAGGGAUGAUAAAUAAGGAUACAUGUACAUGGAGUCGAUCGUGGUCUAAAGAAAUAAACAUUAGAGUGCAGUAUCUGACAAAGGCUGCGCGAUAAUUAGUAAGGAUAGCUUCACUCAGCUUAGAUUCGAACCAAGUUCCUACCUCUACCAUUGUGCUAACCCGUUCAGCAUCUUAUAGUAAGACCUUAAUUCAGUGCACCUCACAAUUGUAGUCAUGUGUGACAAUCGAAGUAACACGAAUGUGUGAAACAAUGCUGCUCUGUUGCACAAUUUAGAUAAAAAAAAUACUGCUUUUUAACCCGUGGACCUUGUAUCGUAAAAUAAAUCCCAAAAUAUUCCUUGGAACAUAUGUGUUUCACAAAAUAUAACAAUUUUGUUUGUAAAAACUAAUCUAUGUAUUUCUUGCAUGUAAAUUUACAUAUAUAAAAUACAAUCAGAAUGCUGUCUCUGGUACACUGAUAAUGUUUCGAUACGACAGCUAUUAACUAAUUCAUAGAGCAGUCCUCCUUGAAAAGUUAAUAGUCACUCGGAUAGUCAAUAACUUUCCCUGCUUUUAUGUAAUUCGAAGGUUCAUUGCCGCAUUCAAAAAAUCCUGUCAAUUUGAUCACAACGGUUAUGAAGACACGGUUUCAACAACCAUCUUAUAAACCUCUUAGAAUUGAAGUGGCGGUGGUUAUCAGCAGCAAGAAAGAAGUGGCCUAUUAAAACGCUGACAAUAUGUCAGAGAAAUUUCACUGACUCACAAACCCCAGAAACAUUACAAAGUCUAAAUUGUGAAAAUUAGACGGAACUGAAGAUUGUGUGUAUUGUUCUUUUAUAAAUGGAUAUUAUAAUUAUCUAUGUAUAUGUAUUGUCAUCUGUUAAUAAACAGUGGUUCAUAUACUUCAGUAAGCACGUCACAA